AUGCCUCUGGCGGACAAGGCGGCGUCUAAGCUGCUGGCGAAGGAGGGUCCGGACGGCAGCUCCAAGUUCGAUAACCCUGCUGUCGGCGACUUCCAGGUGCUGGACGCACUGGUUGAGUACCCGGGUAGUUUCGAUCUCAAGAUCAUCGGCGUCGACGACGACACGUUCGUGAGCGACAUACGAAAGGCGGUGGCGGGCUGCCUUACGAACGGCGAGGACAACGUCAUCAAGUGCUCCACGCGGGAGAAGGGCAAAUACACGAGCAUCACGCUCAAAGUCAGGGUUGAAAACUCCACGCAGCUCUACAAGUGCUACGAGGUGAUCAACGAAGACAAACGAGUAAAGUUCAAGUUUUGA